AUGCUGCGCAUCUUCCACAGACCGCCACAUUCUCGCCCUGGAGGGCCUGAUCACCACAAAGUGCUGGAGAUUGCCGGCCCCAGACGAGGCCUGGGGAGGAGCAGCGGCAAGUCAUCGCUACUAUACUAUAUUGCUGCUGUAGGCAUACUGCCGGCAUCCUUCAACGGUAUCCGCAUAGGUGGACAGAACGGGGUCGUUGUCUUUCUGGACUCCCAGAACCAUUUCAACGCUACCCGUCUACGCGACGUAGCUCUUCACUACGCGCGUGAGAAGAUGUAUGGGCAAAAGCAGAAGCAGCGCGGUGCUGGACCGCCUCCUCGCAAGCGGCUGAGAGAAGAUGAGGAGGCUGAACUGCGGAAGAUGGUGACAGACUGCCUGCAACAUGUCCAUGUUUUCAAACCUAGCUCGUCGGAAUCAGUCGUGGCAACCCUACGAUCCCUAGAGGAAUACCUGCUUGACGUAACACGGCAUCGUUCUGCUCCAAGGAAGCUCCAUUCUAUCAUGCUGGAUAGCACGUCCUCAUUCUACUUCAAGGACAAACGCCAGGCACUUGUAGACAGCCUGCCAACGGAAUUGCCUAAAUUUCCCUGGACUGAACCUCCGCAGCUCUAUCAAAUCGUGCACUCAGCGAAGUACAUUGUCUGGUGUCUGCGCCGGCUUCAAGACCGGUUUGCAUGUACUGUUAUCUACACCGUCAUCGGCAGGAGGAGGGCUGACCUACACAUUCCUAAGCCAAGCGGGUUUGGAUAUCCUGUUGAGCUUCUAUAUCCGCGUCCCAAGGUCAUGUCCUUUAUGCCCCAUUUGCCUCAUGCAUGGAGAUCCUAUUCAACAAUGCGACUAGUUGUCCGACGUGAUGCAGUCCGCAAAUUCUCUUCACGGUCCAUCAAGGACGCCCUUCAUCUUGGCCAUCAGCGCAGUCUUGUAGUUGCACAGGGGAAAUUUUCGGCAUGGAUUGACCCCUAUGGCAAAGAGGACUGGCCAUCAUGGAUCGGGCCGUCGAUACAGAAAUCAAAAUGCAAAGGACGGUUUAAUUAUUUUGUCCAUAAACGGGGCAUUAACCUAGUGGAAUGA